GUCAGUCUCAGUUCAGCUUCCGACCACACCGCUACGCCGCUCCCCACGUGACCUCCCCCACGAGAUAGCCCCUUGAGCAGCCCAUAGUCCCUGCAUAACCCCUACCUAGCCCCCAGUAGACCCUCAAGACCCUGCACUAAAGUUACAGAAGACGAGGACUGGCUAGGACGAGCGGAAGACGGUGAAAAUUGAAAGAAGUUGAGGCGAUGCUGGUAGUCGUUCGCGGUGGAGGUGGUGGUGGUGGUGACGGAGUGGGUUGUUUGGUAGCCUGUGGAGUGGUGGAAUGAGGGCGUGAGGGCGUGCUCGGUGGUGGAAAAGGGAGCAGAGGUAUUAAACUCCCUUCCUCUCCCUCGCCAUCCAUGUGAAACCCUUAGAAGAUAGUGAAAAGGAAGUUUGAAGCGACACUUUCUGAGUGCGUUUAAAUCUCCUCCCUGGAAGAGCUUGGAGAUAUCGAAAGCGUGUGAGUGCGUGCGUGUGUGUGUGUGUCUUCGUCGUAUUCUGAGGUGUUUGAGUGCGGAUUUGAGUGCGUUUGCGUGCGUGUGGAGCCAAGACCGGGCAGGAUUGAGUGCAUUGUGAGGCCUGGUACUUUUGGAAGGGGGAAACGAAGGGAAGGAAAAGGAGAGAGAAUAAAGGAAGGAAGAGAAAGAAAUAGAGAUAAAAGGAAGGAAGGAAGGAAGUGAUUGAGAAAGAGAAGGAAAAGAGGAGAGAAACGAUAAUAGAAAGAGAGAAAGAGAAAGAAAGGAGAAAAGAGGCAAAAGAUAACCCAAACAUUUUUUUACGAACGAGAGAAAGAAAACAAAAGAAAAUAAAUAAACGAGAGAAAAAACAAAGAAAAGAAAAACAACAAAAACAAUCACAUAAAAAACAAAACAAUAGGACAAAAGAAACUCGAACUCCCAAAACUCGCAACAUAACCCGACGAAGGUGACGCCGAACAAGAAGCAGAAAGAAGGAAGGACGGUCCCCAACUCCACCCUUCCUUCAUUUCCCGCUGCUCCCGCCUACACCAGACAUAGGACACCACGCCCAGGACUCGGAAACACUGCAGGAGGCGUGGGAGGAGGCGUGCAGUGCGGUGUGGGGCGUGUAGGAUGCCUAGCGGGGGCGUAGGAGGUGAUAGAAAACGAAGUAAUGCCCGUCAGCUACCCUCGGGGACGCGGCGGUGGAGACGGCGACGUAGGCGUUCUGCGAACCUCUAAAGACUCGGAGAUGCCCGUCGAUAUGAACACAACCUCGGCCUCCAAGUACGAGCUCGAGGAUUACGUGUACGAGAUGGAGUGUCGCGCGGAGGAACUGGCGCAGGGGAACCAGGAGACGGAGGAGGAUGUGCACGCGAGACUGGCGCAGAAGGAGAGGGAUCUGAUUCUCGCGGCGGAGCUCGGGAAGGCGCUGCUGGAGAGGAACGAGAUCUUGGUGCAGCAGAAUGAGCGUCUCGCCGAGGAUUACAGUCACAAAUUGGAGGUGCUGGAGCAGGAGAAACAUGGCCUCAGGAGGAAACUCGCGGCGGCGGAGAGCGAGUUCGAUGUCAAGGUUCAGGAGAUCAACAUUGACCUCCAGCAUGCAAAGAGCGAGCUGCAGGACCAGCGGGACGCCCUGCGGCAGACGGACCGCGAGAAGAGUCAGCUCAUCGACCAACUCACCGAGCAGAACCAGCGGCUCACCUCGCAGCUCAAGGAGUCCUCCAAACACGAGCAUCAGCUGGAGCAACAACUUCAGAUGCUGCGGGACCAGUUCAACCUCAGGAAGUCCAACAUGAGCGAGCAAGUGUCCACGCUGGAGGUGCUCAGCGAGGAGAUCAACCUGCUGACGGAGAAGAAAAUGGACCUAGAGCGGCGGAUUGACAGUCUGCUGAACGAGCGGGAAGGACUCAGCACCCAUCUGGACGAGUCGUCGGACCGGAUCAUGAUGCUGGAGAAGCAGUCGAGAGAGCAGGAGGCCAUGCUGCGUAACAGUCAGCGCGACCUGGACGACCUGCGCCACACCAACCUCUCCCUGACGGACCGCCUGGAGGCCCUCAGUCGGAACUCCUCCUCCCCCUCCAUGGGCCACACUUCACUCAUGAACGAGAUAGACAUGAGUGACCACGAAGCCUCCCGCCCCCACUCCCACCCCAGCCUCCCGGAAGACCUCUUGGAACUGGACGAGAUUGAGUGUGAUGACCCGGUCCUGUACCCGACCUCGGACGCUGAAACUCUCAAAACGGGCCGCACCUCACUGCGUCAGGAGGUGGUGGACGCGGUGGGCCAGCUGAGGGUCUUGACGGAGCAGCUGAGGCACCGCAGACGCAACUCACUCACGUCGCUGUCCACAAACUCCUCCGACGAGCUCACCCCCGACAAGAUCAAGGGUGGUGUGCUGUUGGCUUCAGUGAGGGAGGUUCAUGGGUUAGUCCGGGACCUGCUGCGGCGUGAGGCCCAGGGUCAGUGCAGCUCAUGUGGCCGCGGCGAGGACAGGGUCACACUGGAGCAGGAGGUUCACCGCGCUCUGGAGGCCGUGGACAAGCUGAACAUUGAGCUGAGCGACGUCAAGGACAAACUCAAGGCCAAGACUGAUGAGGCCGCCGAGCUUGGCCAUCAGGUGACGCUGGGUGAGGCACAGCUGAAGGCCGUCGAGGAGCACCGUGACACCCUCAAGCAUGACCUCGACAACACACACCUGGCCAAGGACGAGCUCAUCAAGAAGGCCUGGGACAUGAGGGACAACGCCGUGGCCCGCAAGAACGCCUGUGAGAUCGAGUUGGCAAGGACGAGGAUUGACGUCAUGCAGGUCAACUCGCAGCUCAUGGAGGCAAUACAGCAGAAGGUGGAACUCUCGCAGCAGCUGGAGCAGUGGCAGGUUGACAUGCAGCAGCUUCUGGACGAACAAAUGCGGCGGAAAUUGAGCAAGCUUGAAAUGGGUAGUGGGUCACGAUCUGCCCACCACCACCAACACAACCAAAGCGAUUCCGACUCCUCCUCCAGCGGAAAGGCGUCACCCAGGAAGAAUUCUCGGCUGUUCUCCAUCCUCACGACCCUCAAGAGGUAACCCGCCGCUGCCUCGAUCAUCGUCCUGUGGGGGGGUGGAGGAGAACGUGGGUGUUAUUGUAGAGUUUUGGGGUAUGGUGGUGACGGAGGUGGAUCGAGUGUGUGGUUGCGAGGCGAUGGAUUUUUUGGUUGGUGAGGUUGUUUUGUAAUGUGUGUGUGUGUGUGUGUGUGUGUGUGUUCGAUCUUGAUUUCUUUCUUUCUUUCUUUCUUUUUUCCUCUCUUUCUUUUUUCCUUCUUACUUCUUCUCUUUUAUUCUUUCUUCCUUCCUUCUCUUUCUUUAAUAUAUAUUUCUCUCUCUCUCUCUCUCUCUCUCUCUCUCUCUCUCUCUCUCUCUCUCUCUCUCUCUCUCUCUCUCUCUCUCUCUCUCUCUCUCUCUCUCUCUCCUUUGUUUUCUCUCUCUUUCUCCUCUUCUUUAUCUUCUCUCUCUUUCUCUCUUCCUCCUCUUCUUCAUUUUCUCUCUCUCUCUCUCUCUUCCUCCUCCUCCUUAUCUUCUCUCUCUCUCUCUCCUCUUCCUCCUCCUCUUCCUCCCCAGCGUGAAUCUCUACAACAUGGCUUUAGCAGAAUUAGAUAUAUAUAUUAUUAUCAUUAUUAUUAUUAUUAUUUACUACGAUAUAAUUAACUAAGAUAUAUGACUGUGUCCGAGAGGAAGCCCUACUGAGUCUCCAUAUCUAUUAUUAUGAUCAUUAUAUUUAUUUUUAUUAUCAUCAUUACUUAUAUAUACUUAUACUUAACACUACCGUCCUCAGAACCCAAAGCCUUAAACUUUACGGUACUUAUUAGACUUAAGGGAAGAACGACUUAAAGAACGAACAAUUUUUUUAUUUUUUUUAUUUGUGUACGUUGCAAUGUUUUUUUUUUCCUUCCUUUCCUUUUUGCCGAGCGGCCGAAGGAAGGGAAGGAAAAACAUGCCAUUCCAAGCACCAUUCAUUGCCUUAUACGAGAGAUACUUAUUGUUUUUAAGAGUCGUAUAGAUCUGUUAUAAGUAGUAGUAGUAGUUGUAGUAGUAGUAGUAGUAGUAGUAGUAGUAGUAGUAGUGGUGGUAGUGGUUAGGUCUGUAUGUAUGUGUAUGAUACUAUGAUUUACUAUUUAGCUGUGAUAUACUACCAUCUUGUCUGUCUGUCUGUCUGUCUGUCCAUCUGUCUGGCUGUCUGGCUGUGUGACUCUAGUACUGAUAACCUUAACCCAGUAGCAGCGGGGAUCAUGUUUCUUAAUGGUCCGUCUAAGCGAGAAAAUGAGAAAAAAAUCAUCACUCUCACAAACCAUUUCAUAAUAUAUUUCAAAGUAUUUGUGAUCAGAUUAUGUAGCAUCUUUUUUGGGGGGUUUAUAUCAUGGCAUAAAUUUGGCCCGUCGCUGCUACACGGUAAAGCCACAAAUUUGGCCCAUCGCUGCUACACAGUAAAGCCACAAAUUUGGCCCAUCGCUGCUACACGGUAAAGCCACAAAUUUGGCCCAUCGCUGCUACACGGUAAAGCCACAAAUUUGGCCCAUUGCUGCUACACGGUAAAGCCACAAAUUUGGCCCAUCGCUGCUACACGGUAAAGCCACAAAUUUGGCCCAUCGCUGCUACACGGUAAAGCCACAAAUUUGGCCCGUCGCUGCUACACGGUAAAGCCACAAAUUUGGCCCGUCGCUGCUACACGGUAAAGCCACAAAUUUGGCCCGUCGCUGCUACACGGUAAAGCCACAAAUUUGGCCCGUCGCUGCUACCGGGUUAAGAGGGCAUCUUCGUAAACGUAAAAAUAAACUAGAAAUACAUAUGAAUUGCUGAAUGUUUGUAUGUCCAUUAACUCUCACGACAUUUAUAUAAAAAAAACAUGAAAAAAAACACCAUCACUCUCACAAAAGAAGGAAUGAAACACCAAACGGAAUUAUUUACGUAGACGAAAUUAUUUAAAAUCCACAAUCUGCCCCUGUGUGUGCGUGUGUGUGUGUGUGUGUGUGUGUGUGUGUGUGUGCCAGCCAGCCAGACAGCCACGCGGGAUGACAACUUACGAAUGUCUAUGUUAUAUUCGAUGGUUUAGAAAAAAAUAAAUAAAGAAUGUUCACCAAGCAAUUGUA